AUGUCCUACAACCACAUAUCCUACAUCCACUCUGCCGUACUAUCAGACUUACCUCAGUUAAAAGAGUUGGACCUGUACCAAAACAAAAUUGCUUCUAUUCAGACUGAUACUUUUAAGGAUUUACCUCAUCUCCAAUUCCUGUACUUAGCCAACAAUGAGAUAACUGAAAUUCAGCCAGGUGCAUUCUCCAAUGUACCAAAGCUCAAAAAGAUCCGUCUAAAACGCAACAAGAUAACUACUAUUCAGGUCGGCUCAUUCUCCAAUCUACCAAGACUAAAACAACUUUUCCUGAAUUCCAACAUGAUCACCACUAUUCAGGUUGGUGCUUUCUCAGAUUUAUUCCAGCUCCAGAAAUUGGACCUGUCCUCAAACCGAUUAACAUACAUUCCACUUGGUACAUUCCAAAAUCUACCAAUGCUGAAAAAACUGUCCCUGUCCUCCAACAAGAUUGCGAAGAUUAUGUCUGCUGAAAUUUCCAAUCUUAUCCAACUCGAUACACUGUCCCUGAGUGAUAACAAUAUAAAGGUAUUGCCCGGAUAUGAUGAGAUGUCAUUGAUCUCCAAUGUAGCUCUUCACAACAAUUCCUGGCAGUGUGACUGUAGAAUGGUUCCCUUCAGGCAAAAGAUGACUGGGUCUGCUUCAUUUGAGAAACAGAUCAUAUGUGAGAGGCCUAGUCAUUUUCUUGGACACAGACUUCAAGAUAUAGAACCUAAAGACCUUAUCUGUGUUGAACCAAGAAUUUUGAGCUUUAUCGUAGUCGAGAACAAGACAUUUAUACAAGGUGACACAGUUCGUUUGGUGUGUGAAGUUUCGGGCCUUCCGACACCAGACAUAACAGUCACCCUGCCAGAUGGACUGAAUGUAACUGUUGGGACAGUUGGGAGAGUGACAGUGGAGUUAAACGGGACCAUCACGAUACAAAAUAUUGUUACGUCAGAUGAUGGUCUGUAUGUUUGUACGGCAGCAAAUCAUGUAAGCUCUACAUUUGCAACGUUGUUAUUGUCUAUUAUUGUCCCAGUGGAACCAUCAAUUAGCCCCUCUUUUCCCACUGACAGUAUCAAAAGUAACGGUGACUGGACACUCGAGAACACGUCUGUAGGUACUAAAACAAUAGUUGGAGUCGGGAUAUUCCAUGUAGCAUUGAUUACAGCUUUAAUAACUAUAACUCGUAUGGUUAGGCGUAGAAAAACUAACAAAAGGCUUCAUGACAACAACAUCAAUGCAGGCACCACUGUAACAGUACCCGGGGGUUACAAUGAAACAGCAUCCUCUGAUACUGUGACUGGUGAAACCAAUAGCGUAUAUGGGAAUGAUAUUGAAGUAGCCAUGUGUGCUGAUUUGUCAUCCAUUAAUGCAUAUGAGAAUGAUGAUGAGGUAGCCAUGUCUGCCGAUUUGUCAUCCAUUAAUGCAUAUGAGAAUGAUGAUGAGGUAGCCAUGUCUGCCGAUUCUUCAUCCAUUAAUGCAUAUGAGAAUGAUGAUGAGGUAGCCAUGUCUGCUGAUUCGUCAGCCAUUAAUGUAUAUGAGAAUGAUGAUAAGGUAGCCAUGUCUGCUGAUUCAGUAUCUCAAGAACACAUUAACGCGUAUGAGAAUGAUGAUGAGGUACCCAUGUCUGCUGAUUCUGUAUCUCAAGAACACAUUAAUGCAUAUGAGAAUGAAGAUGAGGUAGCAAAGUCUGUUGUAUCUGUAGGUAAUGAUCUCACUAACGUGUAUGAAAAUGACGAUGGUGUAGCAAUGUCUGCUGAUUCGUCGGCCAAUAACGCAUAUGAGAAUGAUGAUGAGGUGGCAAUGUUGGUUAAUGAGGCAGCCGUGUCACCCAUUAAUGCAUAUGAGAAUGAUGAUGAGGUAGCCAAAAUUGCUUACCCUAAAGAUAAGCUAGAGACUAAUGCGUAUGGGAAGGAGAACGAGGAGGCAAUGUCUGCUGCUUCUCAGCCCAUCUAUGGGAACGAGAACGAGGAGGCAAUAUCUGCUGCUUCUCAGCCCAUCUAUGGGAACGAGAAUGAGGGGGCACUAUCUGCUGCUUUUCAGCCCAUCUAUAAUAAUGAGGAUGGCAAAGUAGUUACAAGUGCCAACCUCUAUAGCGCAAAAACAAAUACCUGA